AUGGAUCCUGUCUUUAUCGCUGCUGGUUUUGUGGUUCUAGCGAUUGUCUAUGGGGUGUACCGUCGAUACUCUUAUAUCUCUUUGGCAGACGUUCCUGGACCAGAGUCUGCAUCGUUUAUCAUGGGAAAUCUGAAAGAACUCUACCAAGGUCAGGCAGCGGAGGCUGACUUCAAGUGGCAAGCUCAGUUUGGGAAUAUCGUUCGCUUCAGGGGGUCUUUUGGCGAAGACCAAUUGAUGAUUUCCGACCCAGCCGCCCUGCAAUACAUACUUGCAAGGUCGGGCUAUCGGUUUCCCAAACCGCAUGAUCGCCGCACCCUCUCCCAGAUGAUGAAUGGAAAGGGAAUUUUCUCGGUGGAUGGUGACAAUCACAAACGACACAAAAAAAUAAUGCUCCCUGGAUUUGGUGGACCGGAGUCCAAAGCCUUCUUGUUAUUAUUCAAGAACUGCGCCGAGUCUAUGUGCAACAAAUGGAUGGAGAUCAUCAGUCACUCUAAGGAGGGGUCAGUAGUGUUCAAUAUUCCUGCUUGGGUGUCCCGCGCAACGUUGGAUGCUAUCGGUGAAGCUGCUUUUGAUGUCCGCUUCAACUCCAUUGACAAUGAUGAAAACGCUCUUGCGCGCUCAUACAGGGGUCUAAUGACUGACGUAUUUGGAUCCCCGUCAGAUGGGAUGUUACUUUUUCAGGAUAUUUCAAAGUAUAUCCCACCUCGGAUUCUCAAAUACUACAUAGAGAUGGGCAAAAGCCCACGUAUCACGCGCAUGCGCGAGACAGGUAACCUGGCGACAUCUGUCGCAAAGCAGUUGGUGAAAGACAAGGCAGAGAUGCUAUUGGGGGGCAAGGGCAGCCGAGAUAUCUUUAGCUUACUUGCAGUCAAAGCCAAUAUGGAUACAAAUGCAAAGGCGAAGUUAACGGAAGAAGAGCUGUUUGCUCAGAUGCGUACUAUCCUCGCCGCAGGUCAUGAGACGACCUCGAACACUAUCAGUUGGGCGCUUCUCGAGCUAGCCAGAUGGCCUGAUAUCCAAUCCCGUCUGCGGGCAGAGAUAUGGGAAACAGAAGCCACUGUGCACGCACGCGGCGAUGUCAACUUCACAAUCGCUGAUUUUGACGCUAUGCCAUAUACUGCUGCUGUGAUAAAAGAAGUUCUGAGAUUAUGUUGUGUCGCAUAUCAUGUACACCGAUGCGCCAGCCAGGAUGACAUCCUUCCGUUGUCACAGCCAAUCACCACGCGAUCUGGGGAGGUCAUCCGUGAGCUACCAGUUCCAAAGGGUACCCGAAUUGUUGUAUCAAUUGCAGCGUAUAACCGGAACAAGGAGCUCUGGGGCGAGGAUGCGCACCUGUUCAAUCCGGAUAGAUGGCUCAAUGGCACAGCAAAAGAGAAGAAGGUGACGUCAAUAGGAGUGUACUCCAAUCUAAUGACAUUCCUCGGAGGAGUCAGGUUUUGUGUCGGAUGGCGCUUCGCGGUGAUCGAACUCCAGGCAUUUCUUACAGAGAUAGUUGGCAAGUUCGAGUUCGCCCCGACUGAUAAAACCGAACUUAUUCGGCGGGAGGCUUGCUUGGUGAUGUCUCCAACAAUAGAAGGUGAAGUUGGAAAUGGUGUUCAACUGCCGUUGAGGGUUUCACUGGCGCGACGCACUGGUAAAGGAUGUCAAACUCCGGGAUGCAGAUAG